CUCCCGACUACCGACAACAAGACUCGCAAUCAUGGCUGUCGGCAAGAACAAGCGUCUUUCAAAGGGAAAGAAGGGUCUCAAGAAGAAGACCGACACCUUCGCGAAGAAGGACUGGUACAACAUCAAGGCCCCAGGAACUUUCGCCGUCCGAGAUGUCGGAAAGACCCUCGUCAACCGUACCACCGGUCUCAAGAACGCCAACGACGCUCUGAAGGGCCGGAUAUUCGAGGUUUCGCUCGCCGAUCUCCAGAAGGAUGAGGACCACGCUUUCCGCAAGGUCAAGCUCCGCGUCGACGAGGUCCAGGGCAAGAACUGCCUGACCAACUUCCACGGUCUCGACUUCACCUCCGACAAGCUCCGCUCCCUCGUCCGCAAGUGGCAAUCCCUCAUCGAGGCCAACGUCGUUGUCAAGACCACCGACGACUACCUCCUCCGCCUCUUCUGCAUUGCCUUCACCAAGCGACGACCGAACCAGGUCAAGAAGACCACAUACGCCCAGUCGUCCCAGAUCAGGGCCAUCCGCAAGAAGAUGGUUGAGAUCAUGGCCCGCGACGCCAGCUCAUGCACCCUCGCCCAGCUUACCCAGAAGCUCAUCCCCGAGGUCAUCGGUCGCGAGAUCGAGAAGGCCACCCAGGGCAUCUACCCUCUCCAGAACGUACACGUACGAAAGGUCAAGCUCCUCAAGGCACCCAAGUUCGACCUUGGUGCCCUCCUCGGUCUCCACGGCGAGUCAAGCCAGGAUGACUCUGGCCAGAAGGUUGAGCGUGAGUUCAAGGAGACCGUCCUUGAGCAGGUUUAAGGUCUUGUUGGAUAGGCAAGGGGUUCUUGGGUCUUUUCAACUUUCCGCGGCAUGAUAUCGGCAUUCCAAAGGUGUUUGUGUUUACAAAUGAAAGAUAAACAUGGCCCUUGAUGCGAUCCCGCGGCAGUGAUGGCGUGCAUGGGGUACGAUCCGCAUCUGGUGUUAACAGGUCAUGCGGGAAAAGUAUCAUGGAAAUGACAUUGAUGAGUUCCAAAUUCAUACCUACUGCCAUGCGUUCUUGAUCGUGUCUGUGGUAUGGCGGUCCAAUCCUGACGACUGGAUUGCAGUCGUGACCAUGCCUACAUCGUGCGUUGGAUGCUGCAGUCAACAUUCGCGCAUCGUGAAAUCUAUAGAAUUGGGGUGGAGCUAUGGCACCCUUUGAUCAUGAAGAUGGUGUUCUAUGAGCAGUGUGAAC